AGCAUUCCGUUCAAUUAAGCCCUACUAUGCAAGGCUACAGUAAUAAUGGCUGAUGCCGGCAAGCAAAAAACUAUUCCAAAAGAGAACCCCGAGCAGGGACGCUGCAACUUCUUUCUAUCCGGCAAGAAAGCUAGGUUUUGUCGCUCGUUGGCCGUAGCUGGACAGCGCUAUUGCGGAAACCACUUGCAUGUCGACGCCGAAGCAAGCUCACCGGCGGCGCUGGAGAGGGUCCCUUGUCCACUGGACCCCAGCCAUACAGUCCUAAAAACCGAGCUGGAGGUCCAUGUAACCAAGCGCUGCCCAGCCUUAGCUCUGGUGCUACGGGAGCGGGCCCAGCCCCACUUCUGUGAGGGCAUCAACGAGGGGAGCGACUGCGAACCCGACUUGCCACCUCCACCACCAGCACCAGCACCAGUCCCUGCACGAGCAGCAGUUGAUCCAGUAGAACUAGCAGCAGUGGCAGCAACCCGUGACGGGGAUGACGGGGGCGGCGGUCGUGGCAGUAGGACUGAUGAUGCUGCCGGCGUCAUCACAGGUUGUGGCUGGGCGGCUGAGGGUGAUGUGGGUGGCAGUGGCGGCGGACAGGGCUUUGUGGCGGCGCUGAAUCCCUUCCAGAAGGGCCGCGCUGCACAGCGUGCGGCACUGGCUCGCAGCCUGGGGGAGCCGGCGUUCCUGCAGCUGCUGGAGAGGAUUGAGUCCGCCUACGCUGCAGUCUGCGGCGGGCGCCCUCCCGCCCCCUGCGUGCUGCGGCCCCCCGAGUGUGAGGAGAUGCUGGCAGCGCCCUCGGACCACCGCCCCUUCGACCUGAAGCACGGCCUGCAGCAGGCCUCCAUUGCGGGCAACAUGCAGCGAGUGGGUCUGCUCGGCAAGGGACCCCAGGGCGGUAGCGGUGUGGCGGUGGUGGAGCUGGGGGCGGGCAAGGGCUACCUGGGGGCCACCCUGGCGGCCAGCUGCGGGGUGGGGCGGCUGGUGGCGACGGACAUCAAGGCGGGGCUCAAGCUCAAGGCCGACCGGCACCUGCGACACAUUGUGUUUGGACGCCAUCGAGUGGACCUCAAGGACUACGUCCCCGCCGCCACCCCCGAGCUCGCCUCCGCCCCCGCCGGCACCCCCUGGCUGGCGGUGGCCAAGCACCUCUGCGGAGCCGCCACGGACUUCGGACUGAGGGCCUGCAUGCACCGCCCGGAGGCGCACGCUGCAGCUUGCAAGCGGCCCGGUUCCGCUGGUGGCGCCGCUGACCCACGGGUCGCAGGGGCCCCAGCGCUUGGCGCUGAGGGCCAGCAGGGGCCUGCUGCUGAAGGUGCCCCGGGUGCCGCUGCUGCGGCGGCGGCUGGGAAGCGGCCGCGGAGAGAGGCUGGAGGAGCGGAUGAGCACAGGGGAGCAUGUGCUGGUCAGCAGCUGCAGCAGCCGCAGCUGGAGCAGCCACAGGAGGGAGAUCAGCCGCAGGAUGAGGAGCGCGGGAUCCAGCUGCGUGCUAUGGAGGCAGGAGCAGGUCGGGAGGAGGUGCCCGGCCGGCUGGCAGAUGGACAGCGGCAGGGGGCAGCGGAGGGGGCUGUACAGGGACGGGAAGCGGAGCAGGCGCAGCGAGAGCAGGGACGGCAACACAAGAGCCAGUCAGAGCUGUUCGAAGAGGGCCGUGGCCAGUGCAACGGCCCUGCCAAGGGCAACGAGAGCUGCAGCAGCACCCCUGCCGACACUAGCAAGAGCGGGUCUGGAGGUGGUGGUGCGGUGCUUCGCGGCCUGGCGAUAGCUCCUUGCUGCCAUCACCGCUGCGGCUGGCGGGCGUACGUCGGAAAACCGUUGUUCCGGCGGUUGGGAUUCAGUCCGUUGGAGUUUGAACUCAUGAGUUGGAUGACAGGAUGGGCGCUGUGCGGUCACGACACUCCUGCCGGCAGCGGCAACAGCAACGGAGAGGCGGAUGCCGACACUGAAGAUGUCGACGUGCCAGCGCCACCAACAUCACAAGAAGCAGCAGCACCUGCACCUGCUCCAGCUGUGCAACAACAGGCAUGGCAGCAAAACGAGCAACAGCCGUCAGUCCGUUCGAGCUUCAACCCCGUGUCACAUUUACCCCGUGAUCGCCGCAUGGCGGUUGGCCAGAUGUGCAAGCAGCUUAUUGACGCGGGGCGGUUGGAAUGGCUGCAGGGUCGGUUUCAGAGCGCCGAACUCGUGUCGUACAUUGGCCCGGAGGUAACGGGCGAAAACCGGCUGCUACUUGCCGUACAACCGCUGGCUGCUGAUGCUUGUUGAGGCACCGGCUGCGAUGGGCCGUGACGCCGCUGUGGGCUAUUAUAACCGGAAGGGUGGUGCUGUUGCUGUGCUAUGCUUUGGUGACACACAUUGUCGUCAUUGGAUAGGGGUGUAGGCACGGACCUGGGCUAGCUAGGGAUUCCCUCCAACCAGCGCAACCGACAAUUAAAGCAGACGUUGGUGGUGGGAUUAAGUUACAAUUGUGGUCGGAUUUAGCUGCACGAUAACCGACUUGGACUCUAGGUAAACACUGCGGACUAUCCUGGGACUCCCAUGCCCUCAUAAAGUCAUAAUGAAAUGGCGACAGGUGUUUCUAGACCUUCAUCCACUUCUUUUAGGGGCCAUUCACAUAUGAGUGAUUUUGGGAAUGAGUGCGUAGGAGCGCGUACAGGGG